AUGGAAAACCCGACAUUGUUGUUCUUCUGCUUCUUGGCUUUUUCAUUUGUUGUGUCUCGUGUUGUUGCAAGUGGCGAUGCUUUGGCGCCAGCCAUGUAUGUUUUCGGAGAUUCAACAGUUGAUGUUGGAAAUAACAAUUAUCUGAAUACAAAAGCAAAGGCAAAUUGGCCUUAUGGUGUUGAUAAUCAUAAUGAAACAGGUCGAUUCAGUAAUGGCAAGGUUUCAGUCGACUUUCUUGCUACUUAUCUGGGGUUACCAACUCCUCCUGCGUACUUGAGUCUCUCGAAAGAUGAAAGAAGUCAUAUAAUUACCGGAAUAAACUAUGCAUCAGCAUCGUGUGGAAUCUUGAACACAACCGGAAGUGGAGAAUGUCUAUCUCUGGCGAAACAAAUCGAAUACUUUACUUUAACAGCGACACAGGAUCUUCCAAAACAAAUAAACAAUGAAGAGAAAUUACGAGAACAGCUUGCCAAAUCCAUAUUCUUGUUCUUUAUCGGCAAUAAUGAUUUCAAUCCUCAGAAAGUUUAUGAUCUUGGAGGAAGAAAGUUUGUGGUAGCAAGCCUUUCAGUGUGUCCGCCACAUAAUUAUAACCUAACAGACGGAUGUGGAAGCAGAUAUUAUGCAGACAAGCUUCCUGGUAGGUUAGGAGGCUUGAAACAGAAUGGUCACUCUGGCUUAGUGUACACAAUAUUUGACGCAUUCAGAAUAUACGCAAGGGUUUGUCACAAUCCCCAAGAAUUUGGAUUCACACACGUUGGUGUGCCAUGCUAUGACAAUGAGAGUAAAAAGCUCUGUCCAGAUAGAUCAAAGUACAAUCAAUUUGACAAACUUGGCCAUCAAACUGAAGCCUCAAACGAGAUUCUAGCAAGGGAUUGUUUCAAUGGAACCUCCUGCUCUCCUUACACUCUAUUGGACUUAACCAAGGCAAAUUAA